CUUGGAUCGUCCUCCGGACACUGGAAGGUCGGGUUCGGUACGACCUACGUUGUCAGUGGCCCUAUAAACAACAACAACAACAACAAAUCUUUCCUCCAGGACAUCUUGUUACUCGAGGCUGGCACUUGUAGUGUCAACACUGCAGGUCAUCCUAGUACAUGAAGGUGGUACUUGUGGUGCCAAUACUGCAGGUCAUCCUGGUACAAGAAUGUGGCACUUGUAGUGUCAAUACUGCUGGUCAUCCUGGUACAAGAAAGUGGCACUUGUGUGUCAGUACUGCAGGUCAACCUGGUAGAAGAAGGUGGCACUUGUAGUGUCAAUACUGCAGGUCAUCCUGGUACAAGGUGAUGGCACUUGUAGUACCAACAUCUGUAUCAAAAGAACUCCUGUAAGCUCUAUAUUACUGUAUUUAUACAGUGACAACACUGAUUAUGAUGUUUAUACAGUGACAACACUAACUACAGUGUAAUUCAGUCAAACACUAACUACGAUGUUAAUAGUGACAAGUGACAACACUGUGAAGACAGUUUUGGUAAUACAUCACUUACAGUGUCAACAACAUUGUCAUAAGGUUAAUGUGUCAUAAAUAUCUGGUAGUGUCAUCCUUCCUACUCCUCAGAUACUCUAUUACCCUUAUAUGUUUAGUGCUUGCUAUAUUUAUAAUAAAAUAAUACAGAAAUAUUAGUUUUCUGUGUAAUAAAAUAUUCUCAAAUUUUCUCUGGCUAAACAGUUUAAAUAUGUGAGAACUUAUUGUUCAAUAUGUCUAAAAUACCUGAAAAAACAAUGUGUUGAAGCAACACAAUGUACAGUUGUUCAUGGAGACAAAUUAGAUCAACAUUCGCACUCAGUCAAAAAAUCUUCACAACAACCUCAGUCUGGAUAUCUGACCAAAUUUAUUAUAGACAAAAAGACACUUCAAUGUUCAGUGUGUCUAAAAGAGUUUUCUGAAAAAUGUUAUUUAGUAAGACACAUGAGAACUCAUACUGGAGAGAAGCCAUAUCACUGUUCAGAAUGUCUGAAAGACUUUAAUAUAAAAUCAAAUUUAAUAAGUCACAUGAGAACUCAUACUAGAGAGAAGCCAUAUCAAUGUUCAGAAUGUCUAAAAGACUUCUCCAGGAAAAAUAAUUUAGAAAGACACACAAUAACUCAUACUGGAGAGAAGCCAUAUCAGUGUUCAGAAUGUCUAAAAAACUUUUCUAGAAAAUCAUAUUUAGUAAGUCACAUGAGAACUCAUACUGGAGAGAAGCCAUAUCAGUGUUCAGAAUGUCUAAAAGACUUUUCUAGAAAAUCAUAUUUAAUAAGUCACAUGAGAACUCAUACUGGAGAGAAGCCAUAUCAAUGUUCAGAAUGUCUAAAAGACUUUUCUAGAAAAUCAUAUUUAGUAAGUCACAUGAGAACUCAUACUGGAGAGAAGCCAUAUCGGUGUUCAGAAUGUCUGAAAGACUUUUCCAGCAAACAAGAUUUAGAAAGACACAUAAGAACUCAUACUGGAGAUAAGCCAUAUCAGUGUUCAAAGUGUCUGAAAGACUUUUCCAGAAAAUCAAGAUUAGUAAGACAUGUGAGAAUUCAUACAGGAAGGAAGCCAUAUCAGUGCUCAGAGUGUCUGAGAGACUUUUCUCGAAAUUCACAUUUAGUAAGGCACAUGAAAAUUCAUACUGGAGAGAAGCCAUAUCAGUGUUCACAAUGUCUGAAAGACUUUUCUAGAAAAUCACAUUUAGUAAAACACAUGAGAACUCAUACUGGGGAGAGGCUGUAUUAGUGUUCAUAAUGCCUGUGAGACUUUCUAAAAGAUUACAUUUAGAGAGUCACAUGAAAAGUCAUACUAGAAAGAAAGCUUUGCCAGAAGUGGUGUCAAGUGUCAUAAACUAAUAUUUCUUCCUCAUCCAACACUGAUAUUAAAGUAUUUUUGGGUCUGCUUUAAAGACAGAAGAUAUUGGGAGCUUAUUACAUAGUAAACGACAGAAACCUUAAUAAUAAACAUUGUUUUUUUGGAGAAAUUGUAGGCCAUGGUAUCAUCAAAGCACUUUUAUACCAUAUUGGAUAAAGUGUUUAACACUUUCACUGUCAGUGACAUAUAGGUACAGCUUGCAAGCCAGUGUCAGUGAUGUAUUAAUAUACCAAAAUCCUAGCAGCUUCAAAUCUAGUGGGAGAAAGCUGGUAGGCCUGCAUGUGAGAGAGUGGGUCUGUUUAGUCAGUGUGCACAGUAUAAAAAAAAUGAUUGGGCCGCCCACAUUGCAUUGUGGGAACACCAUUUCGGUAGUCCUUGUUUAUCAUGCUUCGCAAUAAGAAAUAUCUCACUCCCGGGUGAAUUGGGACUCUUCCCAAGUGAUAGUUCUAACACAGAUAGAAGUGUCAGUGAAGAUGAAUUUUAUGGUUUUAGGAGUUUGUGACUGAAAACAAUGCCCAGGAUACCAGAUACAGAUAUUGAAAAGGAAAGACAGAGUGGGUGGUGGGGGAAGACAGCAUGAGUGGUGGGGAAGGCA